GCGUGAUCUUGUGCGAUCUGAGAGACACAUAAAUCUAACACUGUCAACGGUCGAAUUUCAUUAGCGAGAGAGAGAGAGAGAGAGAGAGAUGCGGAAGAAAAAGGUUGCAUCUGCUGCACAUGCAACUGUGGUAAAAGAAGAAGAAGAAGAAGAAGAAGAGCAUAGCCAUGACCAAAACCAAAAUCAAAAGGAGGGUUCUGAAGGAGAUGGGUUCUAUGCUUGCUACCUUUUGGCCUCUCUCAGUCCCCGCUACAAAGGCCACACUUACAUAGGAUUCACGGUGAAUCCGAGGCGCCGGAUCAGGCAACACAAUGGGGAAAUUGGAUGUGGAGCUUGGAGGACGAAGAAGAGAAGGCCUUGGGAGAUGGUUUUGUGCAUAUAUGGCUUUCCAACAAAUGUCUCUGCCCUUCAGUUUGAAUGGGCUUGGCAGCACCCGGUUGAAUCGUUGGCCGUAAGGAAGGCAGCUGUUGGUUUUAAAUCUCUCUCAGGAAUCGCCAACAAGAUUAAACUUGCAUACACAAUGCUCAACCUUCCAUCCUGGCAGAGCAUGAAUAUCACUGUAAACUUCUUCUCUACCAAGUACAUGAAACACUGUGCUGGUUGCCCGAGCCUGCCAGUGCACAUGAAGAUCAAGAUUGGCUCUCUGGAUGAACUUCCAUGUUAUAGUGAAAACAACGACAGUUUGUCAGAGAAUGAAGAUGAUAAUAUUGAUGAAGUAGAAUUUGAUAAUAAUAAUAAUAAUAAUAAUACUAGAACAAGUGAUUCUGUUCCAGAUGUGAGUGAUGAUUUUGUGAUUCCUGAUUCACCAAAAAAUUCAAAUCACAGGGACAAUAUUAGUGAAACAUUUGAACAGAACAAAGAAUCUGAAGCAAGAAAACAAAUAUUUGCUUCACAAGAGCAGCUCCAACCAUUUAGUUCUACAACACCAAUGACAAUGAAAUCAUCAUCAGCAACUUUAUUGCCAAGAAUAGAGACUAUUGAAGAAGCUGAUUUUAUGGGUGUGGAGGAUAAGAGUGGUGCUGAUUUUUGUCAACCAGAACCUGAACAAUCAGGUGCAACAUUGGCAGAAGAUAAAAUUCGAGAUGUCAGUAGCACAUAUAUUGUGCCCCAUGAUGCUGAGAUUAUUGAUUUGUCUACCCCUUCUCCUAGUUGCAGAAGUGUUUUGGAUAGGAAGAAGAGAAGAGUUUCCUCGUCUAUUGGUACUGAUUUUAUUGACUUAACAAACUCCCCCAACUUUGUCCAAUUAUAAGGCUUUGUCAUGCCCUAUUAUCUUUCUCUGAUAUGGGUCACGCAAAGCAGUUAUUGAUCACAGGCCACAACAAAUUAAUUUGUAAGAAUGGAGAAUUCUGAACAAAUAAAUAUAAUCUUGUUUCUUUUCACAAGGUUUGAUUAGU